GGAAAAACGUUUUUCGUGAUGAAGGAAAAGAUUAAAAGAAAGAAAAAAUUGAAGAAAGAAAGAAAAAUGAAUUAGGUAAGAGAGUGAGGAGAGCUCAUUGAUAAAAAUACAUAGAGUAAAAAUAAAGAGAGGUGGAAGAAGAAGAGUUUGAAGGUCAUAGAGUUUAUAUUAAAAAUAUAAUCAAGUGUUCGUGGCAUUUUAAAAUUUGAAAAGUUUUUCGAAUAUCGAUACAAGUGAUUGACGGAAAACAAUCGAUGGAAACGAGCGCGGGAAGUGAGUUUCACAAAUUUUAUUACAAACAAAAUUUUCAAUUGUUGUUGAUUGAAAAAAAAGAAAAAAAAGAAGAGGAAGAAGAAGAAGAAGAAGAAGAAAAAGAAGAAAGUCAAAUUCAAAAUUUGUUAAUUAAAAUGAAUUUACGAAUCCAUCAUUUAUGACAACGUUUUAUCGUUAAGUUGAUAUUAUGGGAAAAAUAAUUACAAAGUACAAGACGACAAAUUUUAACCAAAAGGAAAGAAAAAGUCUAUCAUUAUUUAUUAUAAUCUUUUAUAUAUAAAAAAAAAUAUAUAUAUAUAUAUAUAUAUAUAUAUUCAAAACUUUGUUCACCAAUCGUCCAGUAACGAAUAUAAUAAAAAAUGGCGGCAAAAUGGCAAUGAUUUAAAUUCAAAUUUAAAUGCAGUUUAUACACGAAUGAUUUAAUUCAAUGAAAAAAAAUAAUUUAUUAUCUUAAAAAAAUUAUUAUUUAUAUUAAUAAUAAUUAAUUAAUGAAUUUGUGACAAUGAACUUUCAAGUUCCUAAAGCCAAUUAAUAAUAAUAUUAAUAAUAAUAAUAAUAAAUAUAUAUGAUAGUUUUGAAUUUGAUAAGAAUUUGAAUUAACGGCAGCUAAUGAGAAGAUAAAUUAAAGAGAUUUAUUUUAGAAAUCUUGAUCGAUUAUCGUGCAAUGACAAAACGUUUAAUUAAAUUUAGAUUUUGAUAUAUUUGAUAAAUAUUUAUUAUUAAUCAACGAGACAUGGAUACCAACGACAACGGUGUUUGGAUUUUUGGUUAUGGUUCUCUUUGCUGGAAUCCUGGUUUUGAAUAUUGUAAAAGUACAACUGGUUUUGUCAAAGGAUAUACCAGAAGAUUUUGGCAAGGAAAUACUACGCAUCGUGGUACAACGGAGAAGCCUGGUCGAGUUGCCACUUUGGUGGAACAAAAAGAGGGAAUCGUUUAUGGUAGAGUUUUUCAAAUAUCGGGCAGUACAGCAAUACCGUAUUUACAAAAAAGAGAAUGUUCAUUGGGAGGAUAUUUGACUACUAUUUCAACGUUUCACACUCGUGAUGGUAGCAAAAGCUUUCCGGCAAUUAUUUAUAUAGCCACUAAAGAGAAUCAACAUUGGCUUGGGGAAGCACCGCUACGCACUAUAGCGAAACAGAUUACAGAAUGUUCAGGACCAAGUGGACAUAACGUUGAAUAUCUUUUACGAUUGGCUGAUUUUAUGCAUAGUUAUAUUCCUGAAGCUCAAGAUGAACAUCUUUUUACAUUGGAAAUGUUCGUAAGAUCGAUUAUAAAGGAACGAAAUAUGUGUAUAAAUACUCUUAUGGGAAAUAGAGAAUUUGUAAUCGACCUUGAGAAUGCCGAACAAGGUCAGUUGGAAGCAGAUCGUGAUAAUGCGAAUGUUCAUAAUGGUGUUAAUCGUGUUACGGAAAACUCUUUCCAAUAUGCAUCUAGAAUUCCUCAAACAUUGCGUUGUCUUAAAAUGUAAUAGUUAAUUAUGUUAGAUAAUUAUUUUAUUUUUCAUGAUUUAAUAUCAAUCAAAUCGUUCAAUAUCUAAGACAUCUUUUCUUUCUCACUUUUGCUAUGCUAAAAUAAUGAG